AUGAUGGAUGGUCAACGCCAACAAUACAUCCCCGGGGCUCCCAUGGGAUCACACCAGCAGGGGCAUAUACCUCUACCGCCUCCGCCGCCGCGAACCCAGGCCUCUCAUGGCAUCUCUCUACCGCCGCCUCCGGGCCCCCCGCCAACCUCUCUAUAUGCGCUUCAAGGGAUGCAACAAAGCUGGGCGCGACAGGGGAUGAACCAGCAAUACCCACCUCCACCUCCUAUGAUGCCAGUAAACCACGCUCAGAACCAGCACCUAGCCGCAUACGGCAUCCAGCAGCAUCGAAAGCCGGGAACGCUUUCUAUACAGCCUACUAUGGGCGCAGACGACCCGCCUCUCACGUCUGCUACCUAUAUCCCAGGAAUGGGGACGUUUGGCCCGGGAGUGGGAAUUCCACCCCUUGUCACGCACGAGUCUCACGCCUCGUUUGGGAGACAGGACCCCUAUGCCUACCAACAACAAGACUUUGGUGCUUUUAGACAACAACAGCAACAGCAGCAGCAACAACAACACCAACAACAAUAUUAUAAACAACCUAACGAGGGGAUGACACAGCACCAUCAGGCCCAGCGGCCCUAUCAACUCUCCAUACCUCAAUCAGGACAACUAGACCCGCUCUCUUCGGGGCCAUCCACUGCCACAAAAUAUAACCAUACCCCUCAGACGGCCCUUCCCCCUGCUGACCCUCCACAACAUGAGAACCAAUCUUUCAAUAGUAAUGCCGCUACGCUGAAUGGCAACUCUAACGGCGAUACCGAAAGGUGGCCUUUAGACCGAGUAUUACUCUGGCUAGCUAACAACGGGUUCUCCCAGGAUUGGCAAGAAACCUUCAGGGCAUUGGACCUGAAAGGCGCCGCUUUCAUUGAGCUGGGCUCAAGAGGAAAUCUCGGCAAGAUGCAUCAAGUUGUUUACCCUCAAUUAGCAAAGGAAUGUGUCAAGAGCGGGACAGGGUGGGACCAUCCCCGUGAACGAGAGGAAGGGAAGCGCAUGUGUAAGCUUAUUAGAAGGAUUUCCAGCACUCUUGGGCCUGAGAAUAGCGAGCAAGGACGAUAUUACCGACAUGAAAAUGCAGCUUCACACAGCGCAUCUACAGAUGGCGGAAUUGAAAACUCGCCCAAUAUAGGACGAGAGCCAAUGUCAGCAGUGUCAAACAACAUAACUGCGGAAAACAGCCCUGGACAGCAAUUUGCCAAAGUGGACACAUCGAACACGACACAAAGACAAUAUUCUGGCCAACAUAUGACUGUUCCAAACGCCGACGCUUCAACCAAUGAUUCAAAUGGACAGGAUGCUGUCUUUCGACGAAAGCACAGCCCGUCAGUUUCAAGCGAUACCGGUUUCCCACCUCCAACAUACUCUGACAGUAAAUCCCAUGCCAACAGCCCCGCUGCUCAAUUUGCAUCUCUUGCUUCACCUGGUCAUCACAAUAAACGAAAUAGUUCGGAUUCAACUAUGAGCCGUGGCCUCUCGUCCCAAGGUGGAGCCGGUGCCAGCGGACCAAAUUCUUCUAUCCGAACCAGUAUAGGCGUUGCACUGGGGGAUUGGCGUAACUAUUCUCCCCAGGAGCAACCCAAGCAAGUGAACGAUACACCCCACAAGGAAGGAAAAAGCCUGUUUAAUAUCUUUAGAAAAAGAAACAACCACGACAACUUUCACCAUUCAUCUGAUGAAAUGUUCGAUUCACCAACAAGCCCAGGGUUGGGUGCCCGCCAUACCCCACCAUUCGCAACUUCUGGCCAGACACCAUCCGCAGUGUCAGAACAUGACAAGUUCCGGACACAAUCGUGGAAUAUACCGCCACCUUCGCCAGCCAAGAAAUUUGUGUUUGGCACAGUUGACGGGUGGAACUUUCGUUUGAUCGAUGUUUCUGAUGUUGAUGCGGCUGACUCGCUCCGAGCUCUUAUCUGCAAUAGCGUUGGUAUCAAAGAUCCUGGGAGUGCCUUGAUCUACCUCACCGAACCUGGACAAAUUAUGCAUGAGGAGCCACUAAGUGACACAAUGCUAGUAGUGAAUCGGCGCGCCAGAUCAGAUCAUUUAGGAAGCUUGAAAUUCUUUAUUCAGAGCAUUGCGAUGCCGCCGUCUGCUGGAUUGGGUGUUACGUUUGAAAGGUCAAUUAAUGGUUACAGAAUCCCUCUGGAUAUGAUGGACGAUGAUAACUCGAGCCGAGUUUCAACGGCACGACGAGUUACCCCGGCCGAGAGAUCCCAGCAUGGCCUGUCGAACACCAGUGUCUUCCCACCAUCUACGAAUGGAGGCCAGCCCAACACUCCGAAUGCUGCGGCUGAUCAAGAAAAGGAAGUACUGCUACAGCGGGCGCAUGAGCAACACGUACGUGAAGCUGAACGAAAACAGAAAGCCUAUCUUGAUUCGAGGAAGGAUCGGAUUCAAAGAACUGAGAUUUCCACUGGAAGCGCUCCCGUUAGUAUUAAAGGUGACCGCGUGAUUGAUUUUAAUGUACCACGCACUUCGCCAUACGAAGACAAGAGAUCCGACACCCUUAUUCCGUUACGCAAGCCACCGCUCGCCCCAUCAGAGUCGAACACGCUUACCAAAGUCAAUUCCCUCAGUAGGAAGCCUGAAGACCUCAGAAUGAGGAAUUCAAAGGAAUUCCAGCCUGAAUUCCACAGACAGCAGUCAUCUGACCCCAAAACAAUUUCACCAAGUAUAGGUUUUGGCCUAGGAGCUGCCUUGGCCAGCGUUGGGAAGAUGUCAGGGGCAAUUGGAACGCCAAUGCGCUCGUCCACUACCCCCAACCCUUCAACUGAGGGCGCAGGGAGGCCAGAUUCGAGACGUUCUGAAUCUGGAGCCAUAUCUCCAAACACAACCCCGCCAACAGACAAGGAGAACCUAUCUUCCAAUACCUCAAGCCGCAACGAAGACCGUGAAGGUAACGGUAGUAGCAGUCGCAAACCCUCGACUAGUGAAUGGACCAGCCAGCCGGACACAAAUUCAUUUUCUUCGUCCGAAUCUACACUACCAUCGAAGCCAACGUUACAGUCUCGGAAGUCUUAUGGUCCUGAUUUUGAUUUCCAAGAGUCCCCUGUUCCAUUUGCUAAAUCCCCGUUGCCGCAAGAAGACUCAGAUGAUGACUCGGACUCAGGUCUUUUUGCCAAACCUUUAGCUAGACCAACCCCGCCUCAAGCGAAGAGGAAGCCUGUUUCCGAUACGUCCAAGAACGAGGAAUUAAAACCAACGUUAAAGGUUAAUACGGAAUCGAGAUCAAUCCAGGGACGCUCGGUAGCAUUCAAAUCGCCGACCACCUCAGGCACUUCCGGGACUUUCCCUCCUAGUGCUAUUUUCGACCCAAGUGAGAACCGAAAUUCUGCUGAUGCUGACACGAGUAACCCAUCAACGGAUGAUCGCGACUAUGAUAAGCGUCGGGAGUCAUUUGUUAGAGACGAUAUUUGGGCAAGUAGGCCUCCUGUAGAAGGAAUGAUCGAUCAUUUGGACGACUUCUUCCCGGGAGUUGACCUGGAUGAACCCUACUUGGAUGGAAAUGCUCAGUCCCCUCCACUAUCGCCUUCUGGGCCGUCAUCCAGAGACGAAACAGAGCCAGAAGUAACAGAGGCCAGUAGUGGCACGGGCCAAACCACAGGUACGGCAGGGUAUCAGCCCCUGAAGGAUAUCUCCGAUGUGUUGGGAUCAGCCGAAUCGACUCUUAAGGCAAAGAGGGUGCCAAGUACCGUGGCGCACAGGAAUCUAUCACGAUCAGGAGGGUUGAACAGGAUGAAAUCUAUCCGUGAAGUGGCUAAGGGAGCUCACCAAAUCAACCGGCACCAGAGUAUACACAACAAAGGCGCAGCAGCAUCUGGAAUUCUUCGUCGAAAGAGCACGAAGAUGUUUGGCGCUAGGAUUAUGCAAAUUAGUCCAAAGCCAGGAACACGACUUAGUGACCUAGACCCGAUGCCACAACAGCCAACAACCAUGGUGCAGCAGGGUAAACUGCCACAAAGACAACCAACCUUCCGUAUCAUUAGGGGUCAACUUAUCGGCAAGGGAACAUAUGGCAGAGUGUAUCUGGGCAUCAACGCAAACACUGGUGAGAUUUUGGCCGUAAAGCAAGUCGAGGUGAAUCAAAAGGCUGCCAACUACGACAAGGAUCGCGUGAAAGAACUGGUUUCUGCAAUGGAUCAGGAGAUAGACACUAUGCAGCAUUUGGAACACCCGAACAUCGUCCAAUACCUUGGGUGCGAGCGAGGCGAUCUCUCAAUAUCGAUCUACCUCGAGUAUAUUCCCGGAGGCAGUAUUGGUAGUUGUCUUCGCAAGCACGGGAAAUUCGAAGAAAGCGUUGUGAAGUCUCUGAAUCGUCAAGUGCUAAGUGGACUCUCCUACCUCCACGACCAAGGAAUCCUUCAUCGAGACCUAAAGGCAGACAACAUCCUGCUCGACCUUGACGGUGCCUGCAAGAUCUCAGAUUUCGGUAUCUCAAAGAAGAGUGAUAACAUCUAUGGCAAUGAUGUUACCAAUUCCAUGCAAGGUUCAGUCUUCUGGAUGGCUCCUGAGGUUGUUCAGUCGCAAGGCCAAGGAUAUAGUGCCAAAGUGGACAUUUGGUCGCUCGGUUGUGUCGUUCUUGAGAUGUUCGCAGGUCGACGUCCAUGGAGCAAAGAAGAAGCUAUCGGGGCAAUCUUCAAGCUGGGUAGCUUAAACCAAGCACCUCCUAUCCCUGAGGAUGUGGCACUUGAGAUCGAACCUGCCGCUCUCGCCUUUAUUGACACCUUCGACCGCCCAACCGCGGAGACUCUCCUGUCACAACAUCCAUUCUGCACCUUUGAUCCGAACUUUAAUUUCCUAGAUACCGAACUACACGCCAAGAUUCGACACGUCCUGUAG